UUACUAUCAGAGCAACGAUAUGAAUAAUAUCUUUUCUUAACAGCUGUCAGUUUUCGCUUUAAAUUACCUUAAAAAUCUCAGCAAAAAUUCAAUUCUUUACACAGUCACUGCAACACAGACAUCAUGAAGUGGUUCUCUGGAUUAGUUUUAUGCCUCGUAAUUGGCUUGGCUUAUUCUCAAGAAGAUGAAGACGUUGACUAUUUGUCCCCCUAUUAUUGCUAUCUGGAUAAAGUGUUCCAAUAUAAAUGGAACGCUGAUUAUAGUGGAGGCUGGUGCCAACAUGAACCCAAAAUAGCAAAAUAUCAGAUACAAGCAGCUGAAGAAUGCAAAACAGGAUUUGCUGAUACAGCCAGGAAAUAUCAUGACAAUUUGAGUGCAGUAUGCAGUAAUGAUUUAAAAGAUAUAGAAGGAGACUGUGAUUCAAUGAUGUUUACAGAUCCUGGUGAGGAAUGCUUUGCUGAUUACUUUGCAGAGUACCAAAAACCUGGUGCAAAUCCAUUUGACGUCGUUGCAAUGGAAAGAGCGUUGUGCAAACAUUUUGAUAAAAUGAUGACCUGCCAUUACACAAAAAUUGCAGAGAGAUGCAAAAACUACUACCAUCUGUUCCUCCGAGUUAUGGAACCUUACAGAGAAUUACAACACAGUGUUUGUGCAAUUAUUCCUUCACCUUAGAGUUAUAAAUAUUAUUAAAAUUAAAUAAAAAAAGUUCAUACUAAA